UUCCUGCGCUACAUGCGGCCGCCCAUCAAGCAGGAGCUCAUCUGCAAGUGGAUCGACGGCGAGCCGCCGCCGGGCGGGGGGACGCCCUGCUCCAAGACGUUCGGCACCAUGCCGGAGCUGGUGGGCCAUGUCACCGUGGAGCACGUCGGCGGGCCCGAGCAGAGCAGCCACGUGUGCCACUGGGAGGAGUGUCCCCGCGAGGGCAAGCCCUUCAAGGCCAAGUACAAACUCAUCAACCACAUCCGCGUGCACACGGGCGAGAAGCCCUUCCCCUGCCCCUUCCCCGGCUGCGGCAAGGUCUUCGCCAGGUCCGAAAACCUCAAGAUCCACAAGCGGACUCACACAGGGGAGAAGCCCUUCAAGUGCGAGUUCGACGGCUGCGACAGGAAGUUCGCCAACAGCAGCGACAGAAAGAAGCACUCCCACGUCCACACCAGCGACAAGCCGUACUACUGCAAGAUCCGCGGCUGCGACAAGUCCUACACGCACCCCAGCUCCCUGCGCAAGCACAUGAAGAUCCACUGCAAAUCGCCUCCGCCCUCUCCGCCGCCCGCCCCCCCGGGCUACGCCGCUCCGGGGCCCCCCGAUGGCCCUCUGCCCCCCGGCGUCGAGCCCCCACCCGAGCCGCCCCGCGCCCGCGCCGCCGCCCUGUCCCCGCCGGUCACCGACCUCAGCGAGUGGUACGUCUGCCAGGCCGGGGGAGGACGGAGGCCGCGCAGCCCCCCCAGCCGCGCCGCCUCGCCGGGCUCCGAAGGGGACGCGCCCCGCAGGACCUCGGGGGGCCGGGCCGCCCCCUAGGGCUGCGGGAAGGGCGUCAGGUUUGACUCGCGCUAUUUAUUCCGUGUACGAAACCCUAUGGUGUUUGUACGGGCACUAAUUUAAUUAAAGAGACUCGGACGGUCGUGUCCCAUUUCGGUACGGACGGAUCACGUCGGACCGUGCCACCCACCGCAGGAGCGCGGGGCCAGGAGGAACCCCGGGCCGAGGCGGCGGGGGGGGGGUGGCACGCAGGCUGCGAGCGGGCACAGCCCCCCCAUCCACGAGCUCUCCCCAUCUUCCGACCCGACCGAGACCCUC